GCAACAAGUGGCAACAUGACACUUAUGAAAAAUUGUUUUUAUAUUUCGGCUGUCAAAAAAGAUUUAUUAGACUCUAUAUGUUAGACUAUUUAUUACGUUUUACGGAAAAUAAAAAAAUAUUGGAUUUUAUUCAGACUUCAUGUAUUUGCUUCUACCCAAGUUGAUUAGCUACUCUAAUUAAUUAAUCUCAUUAGAUAUAUCCGUGUUCUGUUUCCAUUAUCAAAGUUUGACUUCAAAAUGAUCAGAUAAGAUGAGAUUUUCCCAUAGAUACCAUACUUCUUAAAUUACCAGAGACAAAUUUUGUUGUCUCUAGGAUAUCUGCUGUGAUGGCUGCCGCUGAAGGAGGAUUUUAUUGUGGGACUAAAUCAUUUGCAUGGCUUGCCGAUCUUACGCGCUUGCCGCUUGAUCAAGUGAACUUCUUAGUCUGCCAAUUUACUGCUCUGAUCUUUGCCUUUAUUUACCGAAGGGUAUUUUCUCCUCAAAAAGUAUCUACGGAAAUUCGGCAUGUUGUUGCUCUAGCUAUAGGUGCUGGAUUGGGCUAUUUUUGUUUUGGAUAUAUGAUCUCUCACUUAGUAGUACAGUCAACUUUCUGUUAUUUAAUUAUGAAUUAUGUUAGUCCUCAACUGAUGCAUAGAAUAGUGCUAUGUGCCUCUCUUGUCUAUUUAUCAGUCAUGCACCUGAUGCGCCUCACCUAUGAUUAUGGUGGCUGGACAGUAGACGUUACUGGGCCAUUAAUGAUCAGUACACAAAAAGUGAGCAGCCUCGCUUUCAGUCUUCACGAUGGCCUCACAGAGAGUGAUGGAAACCUCUCUCCAGAACAGAAGAGACGUGCCGUCAGGCAUGUGCCAACAGUACUUGAGUAUUACAGUUACAUCUUCCAUUUUCAAGCCCUCAUGUGUGGUCCACUCAUCUUUUAUAAUGACUACCUUGACUUUGUAGAAGGAAAAACGUGUGUCAAAAACACUAGUCCAAAUAUGAUUGUGCUACGCAAAGUGCUGGUGAGCAUUUUCUGUGCCCUCUUUUUAGUCACCAUUGUACCAUUCUUCCCUAUCACUUAUUUACAAGAUCCAAAGUUCCUAAAUUUCACUCCAUGGUACUCCAAAUUGAUGUACCUCAUUUUGUCAACUUCAGUAGUGAGAUCUAAGUAUUAUCAUGCAUGGCUUUUUGGUGAAGCUGUAUGCAAUGCCUCUGGUAUGGGUUUUAAUGGUUACACAGCAGACGGUCAUUCCAAGUGGGAUCUUAUGUCAAAUGUUGACAUAAUAAGAUUUGAGCUCUCUUUGAAUUUUCGUGAAACCCUUGAGACGUGGAAUAAAUCUACUCAAAUGUGGUUGAGAUACAUUGCAUAUGAUCGUGCCCCUUCACACAAAACAGUCUGGACUUACCUCCUCUCAGCAUUGUGGCAUGGAUUCUAUCCAGGAUACUAUAUCACCUUUCUUGGUGGAGCAAUCUUCACUCUUGCUGCAAGAUCUAUACGAAGGAGUGUUCGGCCAUUAUUCCAAAGCAAACGAUCCCUGUCUAGGCUAUAUGAUGUCAUAACCUGCGUUACAACCAGAAUUGCCCUGGCCUACAUUGUCUUUCCCUUCAUUCUUCUGGAAUAUCAUGCAUCCCUUGCAGUCUACAAGAAAUUCUAUUUUUCGGGCCACCUCUUAGCUCUGACCGGCAUCUUCAUCCUUCCUCACCUCAUCUCCCCCAUCAGAUCAAGUCUUCUCAGCAGUCGCAAGACCAUCCACAAUAAAUAAAUCUUCCCCAUAAAAUAUACUUAUUUUUAUGACAUUCCCUUUUUACACGCUCUUUUUUGACGGAAUUGUAUGUGUGCCCUCAAUUAUAUUUUAGAAGUCCCUCAUUUGAUAAUGAACACAUUUUUUGAAAACCAAAAUUUAA